AUGAAGAUUAUAGUGUGGAAUUGUAGGGGCGCUCUGAAGCCCAAUUUUCAGAGUCAUGUUAGGGAGUUGGUGAGGAUUCAUAAUCCGUCCAUUUUGGUUGUUAUGGAAACACGGGUUGGGGGAAACAGAGCAAGGGAGAUUACAAGUCGGCUUCCUUUUGACGGUGUAAUUCAUUUUGAUGCGAUGGGCUUUGCGAGUGGAAUUUGGUUGCUAUGGAACUCAGAUGGAGUGGAGGUGGUGCCUCUUGCAAGCACGGAGCAAGAAAUCCAUGUCGAAGUUAAGGUAAUUCCCUCUAACAUUGCUUGGAUUUUUACUGCUGUGUAUGCUAGUCCUAGAUUUGUGGAGAGACAGGUGUUAUGGGAUAAUCUCUCUAAGGUUGCUAAUCUUCAUAAUAAGCCUUGGAUUAUUGCAGGUGAUUUUAAUGAACCCCUUGCUGGGGAUGAUAAGUUUGGGGGUAGACCAGUGAGUGUAAACAGAGCGUUGAUGUUUAAGGACUGUAUGGAUAGUUGCAGUAUGGUUGAUAUGGGUUUUAAUGGGCCGAGAUAUACGUGGACUAAUAGAAGGGAGAUUCAUAGUCUCAUCCAAGAGAGAAUCGAUAGAUUCUUUAUGAAUCCUAGUUGGUGUUUAAUCUACCCUGAUGCCAGAGUGACGCACCUAACCAGGUGUCACUCGGACCAUUGUCCCGUAUUGAUGGACACCAAUCCUAAGAGGCAGCUUCAUCUCACUAGACCGUUCAAAUUUCAAUCCUUUUGGCUAUCUGAUCCUUCAUUUCCGAGUGUGGUUAACAAGGCUUGGCAGCAUCCUAGGAGGCUUAUGGAAGCAAUGGAUGUCUUUUCCAGGCAGGCUAGUGUUUGGAAUAAAAUUCAUUUCGGUAAUAUCUUCCAUAAUAAGAGGAGAAUUUUGGCCCGGCUUGAUGGGGUGCAAAGGUCGUUGGCCAACCAGCCGUCUUCCUCUCUAGUAGCUUUGGAGAACCAGCUUUGUAAGGAGCUGGAUGUUGUGCUGGAGCAAGAGAGGGAUCUUUAG